AGGUGCGAGCCUCGGAGACACCGCACUAUCAGGUCACCGCAUAGCACUCGGUUACCGGCACCGGCCGUCUCCUAAGAUGAUACCUGGCAAACGAAGAGCUGCAGUCAUGUCCUACUCGGUGGUGAUAUUAGGAGCGCUUAUGCUGCAGUCCGUGUCUUCCCAAAACGAGCCAUCAAUCGCAGCCUCCGAACACACCACACUUCCUUCGGAAGGCCACAGUCCUCCUUUCACACUGCAGUGCAACCUGACCAGCGCCCAGACUGCCCACGAGGAGAGCUACUGGAUGAAGAAUGGGGAGGAGAUCCUGGACACACGCAGCCCAAAUAAGAACACUGAGUACAAGCUGGUCAAACCAAGAGGAGACGACGCCGGACUGUACAUGUGUGUCUACACCUUUGACAAGUCUCCUCCAGCCAACGCCACCAUUGAAGUUAAAUCUGCUCCUGAGAUCACAGGCCACAAGCGUAGUGAGAAUAAGAAUGAAGGCCAGACAGCUUUACUCUACUGCAAGUCUGUGGGCUAUCCUUACCCAAUCUGGACCUGGCGCAAGAUUGACAACAUUGGCAUACAUAGGGAAAUCGACAACUCAUCGGGACGCUUCUUCAUCAACAGCAAAGACAACUACACUGAGCUCCACAUUAUUGAGCUAGACAUUAGUUUAGAUCCAGGCGAGUACCAGUGCAAUGCCACCAACAUGAUCGGCAGCCGUGACGAGAAGUCUGUGCUGAGGGUCCGCAGUCAUCUCGCCCCCUUAUGGCCUCUUCUUGGGGUUUUGGCCGAGAUCAUCAUCCUGGUCGUCAUCAUUGUUGUUUAUGAGAAGCGUAAGAAGCCAGACGAUCUACAAGACGACGAUGACCAAGCAGGACCAGUGAAAACUAACUCAACCAACAACCACAAAGACAAGAACCUCCGUCAGAGGAAUACAAACUGA